UUGGAUCGAGUGACCAUCAUUCAACCUUACAAAGUCAGGCUGUCCACGGAAGACACACACACACACACACACACACAGCGCCUGUCGUCGGCGGAAAAUACAGAUCACGGCAACUUAGCUGAGAGAGUUAACCGAGGCUGUGCCCCUGUCUGCACGCUGAAUGGCUGACUGUAGGUACACGUGUGAUGCAUCCAUCGAUCGAUGUAUGUAUUACACAUUACAUAUUAUGCACUCACUCGCUCGGCCGCCAUAUGUCCGCUCACGCCCUCGUCGCCUCUACAAGAUACCACUCUCUCCACCAGCAAGUCGAUCGGUCAAAAAUGGAGGCAGUCAGUCAGUCACUGUGGGGCACCCGGGAAAGAGUGGAUGGGUGCAUGGACAGAUAUGCAUGAAAAAGACGCUGGUAUGCAAAUCCAGCCGGCCGCCCUCGGUCGUGAAAACACAUGCAACCAUCAUCCAUCGGUGUGUCGGCCGGUGCACUCCGGCAGGCAGGCAGUACUGUGUAUGUGCGUGUGUGCAUGGGCGGGCUGUCAUGGCCACUUGCGCAUUCGGGAGUGGGUCCAACAGCCCGCCCGUUGAUGUGUUGGAUGCAUGGCAUGGCAUGGCGGGGGGGUUGGCUGGGUGCACCAGUCAGUCAAGCCGACCACACCGCACCACACCGCACCGGUCAUAGCAUACAGCAGCGAGAAAAUGGAUACAUAGUGCUAGCAACCUAUGACAGACACGGAAAAAAAUCGGACAGAUCGUCACGGGAUCAGUCACGGGACAGUGAAUGAAUGAAUGAAUGCAUGUAUGUAUCCAUCAACGCAGGCAGGCAGGCAGGGAGCCAUGAGUCGAGCAGGCGAGUUGUGGGAGGCGGGUGUGAUGUGAUGUAACGGCAUCCAUCCAUCGCACCGCACCCGCCUCACCUAAAAUAAAGCACAAAGGGCGGUAAAGGACAUCUGUGCCGAGGGAGGGACACGACUACAAAUUCUCAGCCAGCUGUGCAGAGCCGUAUCCCUCUACAAGUGAUGUGCCCCGUGGGCACGCACGCAGGCGUGCAGACAGAUACAUACGCACCCAUCACACACACAGUCACACACCAGCCCCACCGCACCCCACCCCACCCCUCUCUGUUGCCCGCUGAAUUAAACCUCACAUCACAGACACCACACAUGCAGUUGUGCAUCAUUUAUACAUGUAAGUGUGCAGCAGGCUGCCUCGCAGCGAUUCUCUCACGUGACGAGAGCCCACCCGCCGCUCCCGUAAGCAACACACACACAUCCAUCCAUCCAUGGUGCAAUGGAGCUUCAAAAUACCUGAGGGUCUCCCCCUCUGUCUGUGUGCUAAUUAAAAGUAUGCAUGAUGGAUGCAAUGCACCAGCACAUCGUGUCGGAAGCACACAGACGACGCGGGAUGAGGCGAGAGGAGACAGACAAUUCGUCACACACAGAUCACCAACCAACGUACCGAUCGAUAUGUCCCUAGCUACCUAUCAUUCAGUCAGGCCAACCGAGGAGGUAGGUAUGUAUCCAUGUGUGUGUGUGUAUGUGUGCAUCAAUUAUUCUAUCGUGUGGCAGCCCGCCGAAAAAUCGUGAAAGGCACUGACGAAGCCAAAACGCCAAAACGACUGAAGGAGCUUUAGCGACGUCACACACAGACAAUCGACGACAGACAGACACCCAGAGAGUAACCGGCGGACGGGACUGCACGGCCCGCAUCCAUGGAGACAGACAUGGCACUCGGCACGGCAAGCAAAAGGGCAAGAUGGAGGGAGCGAGGGAGAGCGCUAGCUAAAACGACCCACCUACAUUCACACACAUCGAGCGAUCGAUCACCCACCAGCCAGCCAGCCAGCCAGCCGCGUCCCGUCCGUUCUCCAUGCACGCACGCACGCAUCCACUGCAUGCCAUGCAGCGCCAAGUGCAGACUGGUUGCAUUGAAUGCAAUGCAUGCAUCACGACGACAUGACACGACAGACGACAGGAAAAUAAAAGGGAGGUGCUCUUGAGGCACACAUGUACGUCGAUCUCGCUGGCUGGCUGGCUGGCUGGCUGGCCGUGCUGCUCAGUCGUCUUCCUCACUCUUGGCAAAGGCACUCUAACAACCAAGUGUGCCUGUCUGUCUGUCUGUCUGCUGAGGAGUUCGACUGGCACUGCUCGACGGCGAAGAUGCACCUCUCUGUAGUCGAUUAGUGACCUGCAACGCAUCUUCACACGAGGCAGACAUAGAAUCGCGCUUGCUCCCAUGAAUGUGUGCAUCCUCCGCCCCUCCACACACCGGUCGAUCCAUCCAUCCAUCCCCCAGCAAACAAAAACGCCAUGGACCGCAAAAAGAAGACAAGAAGCGAAAACACUCCACCAGCACACGACCAAAGUAAACACCGACAGACACGCGGCAGUGCGGGUGGACCUACAAAUGAGAUCACGCGCACUGGCCGUCCCACGCACACGCUGAUGGGGAAGGGAACUCGGCGGAUGAGUUUCAUGAAGUCCUUUUGGUGAAGAGGUUGGCCACGCCGUCCAGCUGGGCCGCAGACAGAAUGCAGCUCUCGUCCUCUGCACCAGGACACACACACACACACACACACACAAACACAGCAAUGAGCGAUGUGGGUGUGUGAAACGCGACGCUUUUGUGGGCGGCUGACCUCUGAGCACGGGGAGCAGUUCGUUCAUGAGUAUGGGGUUGAGCCCCCUGAGCGCCCCCACACCGCCACGCCCCGACUCCAACACGUCCAUACCAUCAGUCACAAACAACUGGAGACUGCACCGACACACACACAAAUCAGCGUGCAUUCGGUCCCUUGUCUCUUCGGCACCCCUUUGCUGUGCAUACCCCUCAUCGAGUGUGUGUGGCUGGAAUAUCCUGUUUUGGCAGAGGGCGAGGGCGAGCCUGAAUGCAGCCAGCCUGUCCUUGGACUCCGGGAAGCGGCACCCCUGAACCAUCAACUCACUCAAUAUCACCUGCAGGACGGCGGAGACACAGAGGAGAUCGAUGCAGAGACAGAAAUGGACACUGGCUGGCUGGCUGGCUGGCUGUCGACUGACCUUUUGGUAUGGCACUGGUAUUUUGAGCUGUUUGAAGUUGCCGAGCGCGUUGUUCAAACUCUCGUCAGACGCCUGUUGGACACGGCAGACGGACAGCUACAAUGCUUGCUGCCGUCUGCUCUCCUUCCUUCUUGCCACGGCCUACUCACCAUCAUAUUGAGAAUCGACGUCGCAUCAUUGCGAUAACGCUGGAGCUUCUCAACCUCCUACAGACACAGCAGCCAGAGCCCCCCAUGGCGUACCCAGCCAAUUCCCCUCCUCUCAUCCUUCGUCCUACCUCAGCGGUGAUGGCAUUGAUGGGCUGUGGGGGCGCAUGCUGUGGCGGCUGCGGCACCGGCAUCCCACCCAUGCCGCCACCACCCCCGCCCAUGUGUGGGAAGGGCGGCGGCGCCUCCCCGUCAUAGUAGCCAUACGUCUUCAUGCCCUCGAGGGGCGACGCAGGCGUCCCCGGGAUGCCCACACUGAGGGAGCGUUCCCUCCUGCCACCCAUGACCUCCAAGCCGCCCUCUCGCGGAGGGUUGCGGUGGUUGAUGCCCAGACCGCGAGGGCCGCCGAAGAAACCGCCGCCCCCGGGGAAGCCUUGUGGGUCGCCGCCACCAUGCUGUAACUGCAGGUGGUGCUGUUGCAUGCGUGUGUCUUCGCCGAGGAGCGAGUUGAUCCAGUCAGGUUCGUUGACGGGUCCGCCGUGGGGCGACUCCUCCAGGCCGGGAGGGGGCGUCUGCAUGCCCAUCGGACGCUGAAUUUAUCCAAAUACGACACAGAGAGGACGGACGGAUGAAACGGUAGUGCUGGACAGAGCUGUGUGAAGGUAUGGGUGAAUGGGUGGGUACCGACCUACCUGCAUGGAUCUGCCCUGUGGCGGUCCGCCGAGCCCCGGAGGAGGACCCAUAGCACGACGAGGACCCCCGCUGCAGUGCACACACAUACACAAUACAAUACAGCAACAGUCGCUCAUCGGUGCGUCAGCCCGUCAUGUUGUUUUGGUGCUUUUCUUGUCGUGCACUGUGCUGUGCUCACCCUGGUGGGUGUUGCGGCGGCAUGACGUCGAGAUACAUCCUGUUGCCGCCGGAGGGGGCAGACGGGCCGGGCGGAGGCUUGGGCAACGGCGGACGGGGCGAAGUCUGCGGACACACAAUAUACAAGAUACAAAGACAGAAAAGACGUUCACUUCUCAUUCAUUCACCCCUUUCCAAUUCCUUCAUUUACCUGUGGUUCACUAGCCCCUUGCUGUGCCUGCUGCCCAAAGCCCGGUGGCGCCCCGAUGCCCGGCGGGGGCGGGGGCGGCUGCUGCUGCUGCUGCUGCUGACCACCUGGGUGCCCAUGGUGGCCGUGGUAGCCGCCCUUCUGCUGGUGCUGCGGGGGGAUGGGUGGUGGAUAACCACCGCUGCCCCCGCCGCCAGGAGGGUGUUGCUGUGGCAUGCCGUGGUGUCCGUGUGGCUGUGGGCCGCCUCUGUCGCCCUCCCUCUGCGAUGGGAGGAGUCCCCCGCCGCCCAUGCCGCCCACGACGUGUGAACUCCAUGACCUGGGACGGUCCUUGCCGCCCGGACCUGGCGCAGCGAACUGGGGCGGCAGCGUCACCUCCAACACCUCGGCAGCUGAAGCAAGGAACGGGUAGAUAGAGAACGUCGAUGUGUCUUUGCGUCGGUGUGUGUGCGGUUGGUUGUUUUACAUACCGAGUGUGAGUGAGUCUUCCUGUCUGUUGAUUUCGUCUCCCAGUGCGCAGAAGUCGGUGAAUCCGUCCCACGGCGUCUCGAAGAAGUUGUGCAGCCUCGGACCCCUCUUGGUGUUGCCCAUCUGCAGGCAGAACCGAACCGUCGUCGGCGUCGGAGUCUGACACAGAGCAGGGAGACACACAGAUGAUAAGAUGAUCCCCAUCCAACAUGUUUGGCGUCUCCCUCUUUCUGUGCUCAUGAAUGACACACCGUGAAGAAUAUUCCGCAUCUGAAUUUCUCGACAUCGCUCAUACUGGCGUUAGCCGGUGCGAUGGCGGGGUUGCCGUCGCCUCCUGGCAGGUGUGGGUAGUUGGGCCCUGAGGGAGUGGGGCCGACUGGGUUGAUGGUCAGCUGCAGCCGCACCUCACCCAAACCACACGUGGUCAGGAAGGGGGGCGACACCAGACACUCCGUCGCACUGAUGCGGGGGGGCAGCUGGUGGUUGAUGGACAGACAGACAGACAGACAGACAAGACAAGACAACAGUGAGCUAGGUAUGGUAUACAGUGUUUGCCGCUGAUUUCUGGUAUACCAUACCUACAUACCUGUGAGAUUUUGUUGAUUCUCCAUUCUAUUCUCUGGAGUAUGUUAGGGUCCGCCAGCUCCGCAGACACGUCGGGCUGGUACGUCGGGUCAACCAACAGCAACGGACGACUCCUACACACAUAUGAUACACGCGCACCGGGUCCCGACAUACAUCAUGACACCACUCUCCACUCACUCGCCAGCCCGCCCCGCCCUCUCAGCCUUCCUUUCUUACCCAUGGAGCAUAUCUUCGACAUUCUUCUGCCCCGCCGCAGAGGCCAGCGCCCUCGCUGCCGACGCACUUGCGGCCGAUGCACUGCCCAUCCCAGGGGCCUCGGGAGGCGGGGCAACCGGUGCCCUCGCCGCGGCAGGUGCAGGCAUGGGCGGAAUGUUCAUGCCCCCGCCGACCCCGCCGCCGACGGGCUGCUGGCCCUCCUCGGCUAUCCCCACGGCCAUGUGUCGCAGCGGUUUGAGGUCGUCGGACUUGGCCCGAAUGCGGCCGCCUGGUCCGGCGGCCAUGACGGCCCCCGGUGUGCGAUGGAGCUGGAAAAAUCCCCCCCGCCACGGCGCCACGCCGCCCAUCUGCAUGGGCAGGGGCAGCCCGCCUGGCCCUGCUGGGCCGGUGGUGUCGAAGGUGAUCUGGAUGUCGCCGUUGGCAGAGGAGGAAGAGGAAAAGUCACCAGGCAUCUGCAGACAGAAGAACAACCAACCGGAUGAGCAUGAGACCGCAUGAACAUAGGUGUGUUUGUUAUCUUCUUCCCUCCCGCCCUCCCUCCUCGCUCUUGCUUGUACUGACUGACCCUUGCAGCUUGUCGCGGUGCCACCGGCUGGCCGGUGAAGGAUCCCGUGCUUGUGGCGUCCCCGGACCCCGAUGCAGAGGCCGUGGUGGAUGGCCCGGAGGAGGCGUCAAUCAGACCCGCCAGGCCCGGCGCGAACGACGGCUGGCCGAAGGGAUGCCCACUGCCGCCAUUCGACGGCUGACUGAACCCGUACUCGUCAUUCUGACACACACCACACCACACCACCAGAGAAACACAGAAAGGAAGGAGACACUCCCGCAUGUGUGGAUGUUUCACCGUACGUCACUCACUCACUCACCGACAUGCUCCUGGCCUCCUUGACGAGCGGCAUGCCCGCCUGCAUGGCCCCGCCAAUGCCCACACCACCACCACCACCACCGGCACCGGCGGGCGGUUCAAUGCCACCUCUGUCGCCGGGAGCGGGGCCAGCAGCAGGAGGUGCGCCGGGAGCGUUGAACAGCUGUGCGUUGUGUUGUGGCUGCGACUGUGCUUGCAGGGGUGAGGGGAGGGGGAAGGGCAGCGGCAGGGUCGGGUUCACACGAAGGUGCUGCUUGAUGGACGACAGCUCAGACCUGAUAGGUAGAUAGAGAUCGAAGGGCGAGGAGAUGCCAGGCGUGGACCGGACCCUCUAUCUGUGUAUCCAUCCAUCCAUUGACUUACCUUAGGUCGAGCAGGUCCCUCCUGAGCGCACUGACUUCACUCCUGAGUGUCUGGUUCUCGGCACGCAGAUUCUUCGACACGUCUGAACCGACGAACGAACGAACCAACAAACCAACACACACACACACACACAGAGAGAGAGAGAGAGAUGGACCAGGGAGAUGCAGUCAGUCAAUCAUUGGGACGUGCUGAUGCGAUGCAGCCCACCCUUGACGUGUGACUGCUGCUGCUUCUUCUCCUCCGCGAGGCUGAGAAUGUGCCGAACCAGCAGCUCCUGCACGCCGUACUCAACAUCUGCACCCAUUCACACCCACAUUCCCAUCCAUCCAUCCGCCAUAUUGCCCGUUCUGUCUCAUGGGCCACAUCGGUUCUCCUCCCUCUCAGCUCACCAUUCUCGCCCUCCUGUUCGUCAUAGCGCCUCCCCGGCUGCGCGUGGUUGGCCUGCGGCUGCUUCCUCUCCUCCGGCCUGUCCGGCUGAUCGUCCAAAGCCACCACAGUCUCGGGACUCUGGCCGCCCUCACCCUCGCCGUUGCCGUUGCCCUCGCCACCCCUCCCGCCGCCGGCAGCGCCCCCAGCGUCCCUCAGCGAUGCCUCGAGCAGCUGAAUCAUGUCCUCAGGCCGCAUUUUGCCCCUCCUGCUGCCGGCUGAGAUCUUGGGUGGCUGGUCGGCCUCGUGUGAUGUCACCGGUGUCCUGUCGGCGCCUGUGGGGGGGUCGGGGUGGGUCGUGCUGGCCUCUGUCGGCGGAUCGGGUGAGACACUCCCGGCGGGAGCCGCUGGAGCCCUCCCGCCCGACGAGCUCUCGUGUGUCGUCAUCAUGGUGACUACACAGUUGAUCUCUGUUGUCUGUUCCACAUGCGACAGCCUUUCUCGC